CCAAAAGUUUCGGAGUGCAGAACAGACUGGGGGAGCGAAGGGGAAGGGAAGGGGAAGGGAAAUGGUGAUCCUGGAGAAUCGAAGGGGGGUUUAGUUCCCGGAGGCGAUGAGCAUGAAACAAGAUCUAGAUCAACAUCAACAGCACAGUGACCACAGCUCCGACCACUACUCCAACCCACCGCCUCAGCGCCGUCCCCGUGCGGCCGCGGCCGGGGCGGCCGUCGCGGUGGGCUCAGCCACCACUCCACCAGCUACCUCCGUCGUACCAGGAAAGGGAAGAAAAGAACGGGAGAAGGAGAAGGAACGGACGAAGCUCCGUGAAAGGCACCGCCGUGCGAUCACCAGCCGGAUGCUCGCCGGACUACGCCAGCAUGGUAAUUUUCCUCUUCCGGCACGCGCAGACAUGAACGAUGUACUCGCCGCCCUCGCACGCGAGGCUGGUUGGACCGUUGAUCUCGAUGGCACGACUUACCGGACAUCCCCCACCCCACCACCACCUCCUAUUCUUCCUCCUCACGCGGCUGCUGCUCCACCGCACCCUCCGUCUCAAUUGGCACCGUUCCAAGUACAUUCAAUAGAGAGUCCCUUAUCUGCCACUUCUAUGAAGAAUCGUGCGAUCAAAGCAUCUUUAGACUCUCAACAAUCUUUUCUCAAGAUUGAUGAGGGCUUAUCUUCAUCUUCGCUUGAUUCAGUUGUGAUAGCAGAAAGGGAUAUUAAGAACAAUAAGUUUAAUAAUUCUAGUCCCAUCAACUCCUCCGAAUGUGUCGAUGCUGAGCAGCUAAUGCAGGGGGCUUUAGAGCAAGAUGGUGAUUUUGUUGGAACACCAUACAUUCCAGUUUAUAUAAUGCUUGCUCCCAACUUUAUCAACGAUUAUUGCCAAUUGGUUGAUCCUGAAGCAGUUCGUCGAGAAUUGGAGCAUUUAAAAGCUUUACAUAUUGAUGGAGUUGUGGUUGAUUGUUGGUGGGGAAUUGUUGAAGGCUGGAGCCCACAUAAGUAUCAAUGGUCUGGUUACAGGGAUCUGUUUAAUAUAGUUCGUGAGUUCAAGCUGAAAUUGCAGGUUGUACUGGCAUUUCAUGAAUAUGGUGGAAAAGAAUCUGGUGAUAUGGUUAUUCCUCUUCCCAAAUGGAUCCUGGAGAUCGGGCAAGAUAAUCAAGAUAUAUUUUUUACAGACCACGAAGGAAGGAGAAACACGGAAUGUCUUUCUUGGGGUAUUGAUAAAGAGCGCGUCCUAAAAGGGAGAACUGGCAUUGAGGUUUAUUUUGAUUUCAUGAGAAGCUUCAGGAUGGAAUUUGAUGACUUAUUUAAGGAGGACCUAAUUUCUGCCAUUGAAAUUGGACUUGGUGCUUCUGGUGAGCUGAGAUUUCCUUCACAUUCAGAAAAGAUAGGGUGGAGAUACCCUGGUAUUGGUGAGUUUCAGUGCUAUGACAAGUAUAUGCAGCAGAAUCUGCGAAAAGCUGCCAGGAUUCGUGGACACUCUUUUUGGGCGAGGGGCCCUAAUAAUGCUGGCCAUUAUAACUCAAGGCCUCACGAAACGGGCUUCUUCUGUGAUCGUGGCGAAUAUGACAGCUACUACGGACGAUUUUUCCUUCGUUGGUAUGCACAAACCCUAUUCGACCAUGCUGAUCAAGUACUAUCUCUUGCAAGCCUUGCCUUUGAAGGAACAAAGUUAGUUGUAAAGAUUCCAUCAAUUUAUUGGUGGUAUAGAACAUCAAGCCAUGCUGCAGAACUAACAGCAGGAUAUUAUAAUCCUACCAAUCAGGAUGGUUAUUCUCCAGUUUUUGAUUUGCUUAAGAAGCAUUUUGUAACGAUAAAGUUUACCUUGGUUAGUCAAACACCGGGUUCUUUGCUCGAGACUGAUGAAGCUUGGUCUGACCCAGAAGGUCAGAGUUGGCAGAUUCUCAAUUCAGCCUGGGAUCGUGGAUUGAGUGUUGCCUGUCAGGGUAAUUUCCAGUGUCAUGAAAGAGAUGUCUGCAUUAGGGUCAUCGAAACUGCAAAGCCGAGAAAUGAUCCUGAUCGGCAUCAUAUUUCAUUUUUCACUUAUCAGACUCUUUCACCUGUUUCCAUGCAAGGUGAUUUAUUCUUAUCAGAUUUGGACAGCUUUAUCAAAUCCAUGCAUGGCGAUCUUUUGUCUGUUGAUGUUGCAGUUUGAAAUUUCAAUUUGUGCAUUUUUCCAUACAAAUGAAAAAAAUGAGUAGAGUUUCAGUCACUGAUAGGAAGGAACAUGAACCUUAUUUAUUCCAUCUUUUUAUUUCUUAAUUUUGCAGUUCUAGCAGUUUCAUUGUUUGUUUUUAUUACAAGAUUGCCCAUUCAAGUGUAUUGGGUGUGAGUCCUUUAUAUGACUCUAGUUUGAUCUUUGCUUUUAUUCUAGAAUGCAGUAUGAUUUGUGUACGAAAUGCAUCUUAUACAAAUUGACGAACAUUGACUAUAUUUUAGUGUUAGUA